UUAUCUUUCGCAGGACGAGGACAGAAUGUGGCGGCUGCUCCUUCACCUGAUCUGCACUGGCUUCUACCUACAGCUAACAACAUGCCAUCCAUUAUGCCAGCUAUCGGGUCAGAAAGUCUACUGCGCCGCCCGGAAACUCCGCUGGGUCCCAGCACUGCCCCCCAACACCACCCAUUUGUACUUAGACAGAAACCACAUCCAAGAGAUCAACAGGACUUCUUUCAGAGACUUAGAGGAACUCCAGGAAUUAGACUUGGGGAGCCAACGGGAAGUAGUCCUAACAAUCAGGAACGACUCCUUUCUCAGGCAGAGAAAGUUGACUCUACUAGUUCUUGGAGACAAUUUGGGUCUGACGCUGGAACCACGGGCGUUUGUGGGGCUGGUCAGUUUACUAGACCUCUGGCUGGAUCACUGUUCCCUGACUGACUCCAUACUGAAAGAGAACUACCUGGAACCACUUCUGUCAUUAAACAGGCUCAACCUCUACGGGAACAAGAUAGUGAGACUCCUUCCCGGUCGUUUCUUUUUGAAUCUCACCAGGUUCUCUGUGUUAACUCUUGAACUAAACUCUCUUGAGAAGAUAUGUGAGGGGGACUUAGUUGGCUUCAGGGGGAAAUCAUUUAAGAGUCUGGACUUAUCGUCCAACAGUUUCUUUGGAUCCAAUGUUGACUGGUCGACCUGUGGAAACCCUUUCAGGGGGAUAACCUUCAAUAGGCUCGAUAUCUCUGGAAAUGGAAUGAAUUUGGAAAAAUUAAAACAGUUUUUUAGAGCGAUCAGGGGGACUCCUAUUGCUCAUCUGAAAUGUUCUAAUGGUCUUGGAAAAGGCUUUUCCCAUGAGAACAUUGCAGAUCCAGAUAACGACACAUUUGUAGGCCUCAUGGACAGUUCAGUCAUUAAGUUAGAUCUGUCAGGGAACAGGAUUUUUGCUCUAAAAGAAAAAGUCUUUAGGCCUCUGAGAAAUGCAAAUAGUAUCGAUAUUUCGCAGAACAAAGUAAAUAUAAUUGAGAAAAACGCCUUCUUUGGUCUGCAAACAAAUUUAUACAAACUUAAUCUGUCCUUCAAUCUGUUAGGAGAGAUCCGCUCCAACACAUUCAACGGUCUUACAGAACUGCUUAUUUUGGACUUAUCUCACAACCACAUUGGUGUACUAGGGUACAAGGCCUUUAGCGGUCUUCCCCAGCUGCAUCAUUUAUAUCUAACAGGAAACUCUCUGCGGCUGCUGGGGUCUCCUGCUGCUCUACCGAACUUAAACUUCCUUCUCCUCAGAGACAAUAAGUUGGAUUCCCUCUACCCCAUCUUUAGCUCAUGGAACAACGUUAUCUAUUUAGAUAUUUCAGGAAACAAAUUAACAAACCUGGAGAACGUUUACAUUGUCUUGACUCAUUUCAGGCAUCUGGUUUACCUUUUACAUGGAGACAACCCCAUUUUGUGGUGCACAAUAAAUGCUGGAGUCUCCAUGCCUGGUAAUAGUAGUUUGAUUGUGUUGGACCUUCAUGGCUGUUCCCUGCAGAAUGCUUGGGCACAAGGCAAAUGCCUUGACAUAUUUGAACUUUUGCAGAAUUUGCUCACUUUGAAUAUCAGUCUCAACUCCUUAAUGGCUCUCCCUCAUGGGAUCUUUAGUGGUCUAACUUCAAUUGAUACAAUUGACCUUUCAUCUAAUGCCCUGACCUAUCUGGAGACUAGUGUUUUCCCAGCCAGCCUGAGAUGGCUCGACCUUUCAAACAACUUCCUAGCUACUCCCAAUCCGAUGACUUUCCACUCUCUCAUCCACCUUGACCUUGCAGGAAAUCGGUUCCACUGUGACUGCUUUCUGGAUAGCUUCCUGAGUUGGCUUAACACGACCAAUGUCACCUUCCGGAGCCCAGUCCAGGAAUACAGAUGCAAGUUCCCAGCUUCUGUCCACAACAUUCCCCUGCUGGAAUUUUCUACCAUCAUGGAGCCAUGUGAGGAUGAGGAAAAGACUGUACAGGCUCUUCGGCUGGCUCUUUUCAUGUCAUCUGUCAGCCUCGUUUUCAGCUUUGUACUCGGGGGGAUCAUUUACGCCCGCCUCCGAGGUCAAAUAUUCUUCAUCUACAAAAAGAUAGUCAGCAGGGUUCUUGAGGGUCCCAAACCCCCCACCACUGAGAAGGACUGGCAGUACGAUGCCUUCCUGUGCUUCAGCAACAGCGACUACAGUUGGGUGGAAGCUGCCUUGCUGGAGAAAUUGGAUAACCAGUUUUCAGAGGAGAACCUGUUCCACUGCUGCUUUGAGGCCAGAGACUUCCUGCCUGGGGAGGAUCACCUCUCAAACAUCAGGGAUGCCAUCUGGAGCAGCAGAAAGACCUUGUGCAUCGUCUCCAAGGAGUUCCUUAAAGAUGGCUGGUGCUUGGAGGCCUUCACUUUAGCCCAGGGACGCAUGCUGGAGGAACUGACCAACGUCCUGAUUAUGUUGGUGGUAGGGAAGGUUGCUCCCUACCAGCUGAUGAGGUACAACGCAGUCCGAACUUUUGUCCAGAAGAGAAAGUACCUCACCUGGCCUGAGGACCCUCAGGACCUGCAGUGGUUCUAUGAGCGCCUCGUCUCACUGAUCCUCAGAGACACCAAGGUGAAGAAGUUUGGCAUAGAGAAGCCGGAACCUGCGGAUCCCGAAGGUCGACCUCCUGAUGGGGAGAUUGAGCUCAAGAACAUUGCAGCCGUUGACUAAAUAAACAAUGUAAAGGUAAGCUGAAGGGAUGUGUUUCUAAGGCAGUGACGGACGUCUCUACUCACUGGACCAGUUAUAACAACCCAUCUGCCUAUAAUACUGUGAAUAGUGUAAUAUGCAUUUCUUUCUGCCGACACAAGCUAUAAGUUAGAAUAUUCCAGUAGAAUGUGAUCUGGAAAGUGUGGAGUAAAACAUGUUGAGGUAUGUCUGUUCUUGAUGGCUUGAUGAACUCACGUUGUUUUUCCUCUAAAUGUUCAAGUGUGAGAAAGUUCUUUAUGCAGGGGGUGGGUUGGUUCCCCUGGGGGGAGUGUGUGUGUCGGGAUUUUGUAAAGUAUAAAUGUAUUUACUGAGGUUGCCUCAGUCAGAGCUCUAUCUCUAUGGCUGAGGACGUUAAAUAAAUUCGAACCUUUUUUUUUUUUUUUUUUGCAAGAAAUGCCUGUCUCAAAAACUCCACAAGAGGUAAAGAGUUUGCAUGGGUGGGGUGCAUCAUGGUAAGGGCUAGUCUGUAGGGCCAAGCAGCUAAUUUCAAGUAGCCAACUGCUAAAUCUGUUACUGUUUGAAGAUGAAAUUGGUCCAGUUUACAUCAGCACUCUGUUUACCAAGCUACUGAUAUUUUUUAAAGCUUUGCAAAACAUGAAGUUUAACGUUUUAUAUUAUGUGAUGGACUUUUCAAUACAAUCAAGUUUUCUAUUAAAAAAAAACAGUUGACAAAUAUUUUGUUUUGUUUUUUUGAAAAGCAUUUAAAAACAAUCUACAAUUCAUUACAAAUGCCCUUAGUCCAGAGGCCUGAACCUCGAAGCAGGAUUACUGGGUUAGCCGUCCAACUUCAGGUUUAACCCUGGAUUUCCGGUUCCACCAAGCUGGAUUCAUCCGUAGCGAUCUGAAUCGUAGAAAACGCUCCACCCAGCGGCCAAUCAGCUGUUCAGGAAGCAGUGACAUGCCCUUAGAUCAAAGAAGGAGUGCAAACAGACCCUAAAUAAUACAUCUCAAUAAAGGAACUUAAAAACCAAAACAAAAUAUGUUCUUGACAAAUUAUGUUAAUUUAUUUUUCUCUAUUUGUUUUCUCCUGUAUGUCUUAAUAUAUGACUGGCAUUCACUUGUUUAUUGUGUAAUUUAUAAAUGAAGCCAAAUUUUAAAAAUGUAAUAAAAUUAAGAGUAUAGUCAGAAGACCCUUCGGAUGACUAUGACAGGUUGGGCAAUACAGGUUUUUUUGGGCAUAUAUAUGCCAGAUCUUUGAACUGUGUGUUUGCAGUGGGGCCCUCACUGUAUCAGACUGUAUGGCUAUAUGAUAUUACGAAACAGGCAGCCUCAAGCACACUAUCAGGGACGCUGAACAGCCUGGGGUAAAGACAGUCUGUCCAGCUGUCCAUCAAAUGUCCAGUACCCUGAUGCAGUUAAUGAAUAAAUUCAUCUCUCCUGGAAAGUUGCCUGUACAAAAAAGGAUUUUAUGACAUUACAAGUGAGUUAAAACCUGGAUUGCUGGUAAAUUUGAUGGUCUUACUUAAUGGUGGUUAAAAAAGAUGUUCAGGUGUCUAACCACCAACUAGUAAGGACCAAUUCGAAGACUCGUGACCUUUACCCCAGUGACUCAGGACUAGAACCAGUUGACU